UCAUGGUGUUUGGACACUUUGUAUAUAGUGUUGGAGGUUGAACUCAAGUGUAUAGGUGUGGGAUUGUCGCUUCUUCCUUUGUUCGUACGUGCAGGUAUUUGCAUGUAUAUAAAUGUAUGCGUGUGUAUAACUAUCUGUUGCCAUGUUGGUAUCCAACAUAUCUGGAAAAUUGAUGAGUCAGUUGAUGGAAAAGAUGAAAGAGAGGCUGGAGAAGAUGAGGAGGACAGUGAGACAACAGAGAGCAAAGCUUCAUAUCAUCAGAAUUUGCAUCACUAUGCUUCUUUCUUCCGAUGAUAACUCUUGAUUUUUUUCUUUUUUUGGACCUUGUUAAUUUUGAUCUUACUUUUUUUGUUUACUCAGUUUUUUUUACCAAUCUUCGCCAUUUUUUAAAGAUUGGAGAAUAGUGUACUGUGUAAUCAUUGGAUUUGGACUUGUA